CUCCUUGUUAGCGCCAGUGAGGAGCUGUAAAUCGAGUUCGGCGGUCAUACUGAGGCGAUAACGCCAAGAAUAUAUGACGUAUUAGUGGUGUGAGGACGCUAAGGAGCGUAAGAGUAGUAUUAGUGUGAGUUAUUAGGUUGUUAUGUAAUAGCUUAAUUUCGUGUUGUGGGUUCUAUCGCAGCUAGUUAGCUAGCAUAACUGCUACAGCGCAGCGAGUGAGCUCGGGCUUGGUGUUCCCGUGAAGGCCUGGCUUUAGCUUAGUUUAGCUUAGCUUCCGCUAAUUAGCAAACAAUUUGUGUAUAGUGUGUGAUUUUGAAGGACACAGAGCACAAGGCAUGGCAGACGAGAACGCCGUUGCAGUGCAGCAGAUGUUGGACAGGAGUUGCUGGGUGUGUUUCGCCACUGAUGAGGAUGACCGCACUGCUGAGUGGGUGCGGCCGUGCCGAUGCCGUGGCUCUACCAAGUGGGUGCACCAAACCUGCCUGCAGCGCUGGGUAGACGAGAAGCAGCGAGGCAACAGCACAGCACGCGUGGCCUGUCCCCAGUGCAACGCAGAGUACCUCAUUGUCUUCCCCAAGCUGGGGCCCAUUGUGUAUGUGCUGGACCUGGCAGACAGGCUCAUCUCCAAGGCAUGCCCGUUUGCUGCAGCUGGCAUCAUGGUGGGCUCCAUCUACUGGACUGCGGUAACGUACGGAGCCGUCACAGUGAUGCAGGUGGUUGGCCAUAAGGAGGGGCUGGACGUGAUGGAGAGGGCCGAUCCGCUGUUCCUCCUUAUCGGCCUGCCCACCAUCCCAGUCAUGCUCAUCCUGGGAAAGAUGAUCCGCUGGGAGGACUAUGUGCUGCGACUGUGGAGGAAGUAUUCCAACAAGCUACAGAUCCUCAACAGCAUCUUCCCAGACCACCCUUGUUUUGCAGGUAUUGGUUGUCCAGUUCCCAGAAUCCCUGCUGAGGCGAGUCCGUUAGCCGAUCACGUAUCAGCUACUCGGAUCCUGUGUGGAGCGCUGGUGUUUCCCACCAUCGCCACCAUCGUGGGCAAGCUCAUGUUCAGCAGAGUCAACUCCAACCUGCAGAGGACCAUCCUGGGUGGCAUUGCAUUUGUGGCCAUUAAGGGUGCGUUUAAGGUGUACUUCAAACAGCAGCAGUACCUCCGCCAGGCCCAUCGUAAGAUCCUCAACUUCCCCGAGCCGGAGGAGGCCUGAGUGGCCGAGAGCGAACGUCCAUAGCCCUUUACAGACUGAGACAUCACCGAGACCUCCAUGCCACCUGCUGUGUGUGUGUGUGUGUGUGCUGCAGAGCGAAUACAGAUGACUGCUGCUGAAACAGGCUUUACUGCAGCUGCUGUGUAUUUGAGAGGAGUACACACUGAUGCAUUUCCGAUUCACGUAAGCUGUUCAGUUUUGUCUCUCCCUGAGAAUGUGAUUUUAUUUUAUUUUCUCUCUCUCUCUCUCUCGUCCUUCCAUGUAAAGAUUCAGACUUCCUCUCCCGUGUUAUAAUCAGAGCUGGGAGAGGUUCCGUCUUUUCUGUUUUAUAAGUUGUUGUAUUUUUAAAUUAAGAGUAGGACAUGUGGAAUUCUAAAAGAGUUUUAUGUGAAUAAAUGAUUGAUUUUAUAAACACUACUCUGAAGGUGAGCUGGAUUAGGAAUAUUGCCUUUUGGUGAAUACGCUUUCAGUGCUGACUGGGUGACGUUAACAAAUCAGUGACACUACUGUAUAAAGGUAUACGUGUAGCACCAUGUGCUCAGCCUGCAUUAUAUUUUAACGGAGAUGAACACUGGGAUUCUGGAUGCAGGUUGAAGCAAGUCUGAAACUAAAAUUUGAACCUUCAAUGUAUUUUCAGUUUAGACUAGUAUUAAUGUGUCCAGAAACCUGUCUCAGGUGUAAAAUGAUGAGGUGCUAUGAGAGCUGGAGUAUCGCAUCUACACCAUGAUUAAUGUCGAAUCUUUCAAGCUUGAAAAGCCUCCCUCAGUUUGGUGUAAUGAAAGACAUUAUGAGGAAAAUCCAAAUUACUAGUCAAUUUUGAUAUUCUAGAGAAUGUGCAAGAUACUAAAAAGGGAUUAGAUGUGUCAUUGCUCAUCCCAAGAUUUAUUUCUAAAGAAUAAUCUGACCUUCAAAUAAAGUUAAAGAUGUUAUUUAGAACUAACAUAUCUAAGCUGAUUAAUUUCUGGUGCUGUUUAAUGAUGGAAAAGAAAACGAGUCCCUGAUUAUCGCGUCCUCACGCGGUUUGGAAAAUCAAACUCCCGGAAAAACCGUAAUCUUUGAUGUAUGGACAAGGCGAGUUUCAUCACUUACCCAACCUUCACUCAUUCAUCAUGAUCCUCAUGAAGUGUUUUAAUCCAUUUCUCCGUGGUACACCUGAGACUUCUCCUAAUCACUCUGACGUGAUGUCGCUGCUGGACUUUCUUCUGGAGCUAAGCUGUCUCCAAAGGAACGAGGAAUAAAUAAGGCACAGGAUGAACGUAUAUGCUUUACUACAGGACCUGGGUGCAUUAAUAUACUGAAUUUAUGCGAUGGUUAUAAUGUCUAACGGAUGAUUGAUUUAACUGGCUUUCUUUCUCUGUGAUCAGUACUAACGUUGUAGGAGACAUGAUCAGAACAGGGGGAGUGUCGCUACAGCUAUCAAUGUAUUAAAAAGGAGGGAUUGUUUUUUUUUCUUUUUCUUUUUUGGGAAAACCACGCAUGCCAAUAAUGACUGACGGCAGCCUUGUGCUCAGCUGUUUCAACCUGAUGCAGUCACUUCAGUCCUUAAUGCUGAGUAGCUGCGUUAGCAUUAUAGCACUUGUUAGACACUUAACACAUGAUUUAAUCCAGAAAACUUGUAGAAAAUGUUCACACUUACCAAAAAAAAAAGUUUGAUAAAAACCACAGGGUUAUCUUUACCAGCUUAUUGCCAUUUAAUCACCGUGUCUCGAACAAGUUCUCUGAAUAUGCUAGAACUCUGGCUCACCAUAACGCCAAACACAAAGCAUAGAUGUAUAAAUGUAUGACUUGUAUAUACAUAUUGCAUCUGAAUUUACAGUUAAGGUUGAUUUGUGAAUAAAUGUAUUUUUCCAAUGCUUGA